GCCAUGCAACGCAACGAGACGCACCCCAACACGGAAGCUACUGGCACGACCGAUCAUGACGUCUCUGCGGUCUCCUUCCGACUUCCACCUUACUGGGACCGCAACCCUUCGAUCUGGUUCCUGCAAGCAGAGUCACAAUUCGUGCUUUCUGGCGUGCGCACGGAACAACGCAAGUACCAUCUCGUUGUUUCGGCGCUCUCACCUGCCGCUGCCGAAGAGGUAUGUGACCUGCUUUCAGGACCGCCCUCCGCCACACCAUACAGCACUCUCAAGGCUGCUCUGUUGGAGCGAACGACGGCAUCACAGCGUUCUCGCAUCCAACAACUGCUCUCCGCGGAGGAAUUGGGCGACCGCCGGCCAAGCCAGCUUCUUCGUCAUAUGCGUACACUGAUGAGUAGCAGCACAACCCCCACAGAUGACAACUUGCUGCGCGAACUCUUUCUGCAGCGCCUUCCGGCCAAUGUGCAAAUGGUCCUCGCCACUGCAUCCACGUUGGACCUCAACAGUUUGGCCAGCCUGGCAGAUAAAGUCCUGGAGGUAGCGACGCCGUAUGUGUGCAACGUCACGCCAUCAUCCAACAACGUGAGUGUCGUUCCACAGAUAUCAUCUGCCCCUGCUUCUCCUAUCGACGCACUUUGCCAUCGCUUGGAAGAACUGGUUUGUGCUGCGGAGCGUCAUUACCCCCCACCACGUCACCGAAGAAACCGCAGCCCAAGCACCCCGCGGUAUGGACGAGAACAACGCUCCCGGUCUCCCACACCACCAAGGAUGUGUUUUUACCACCGUCGUUUUGGGAAGGACGCGCGUCACUGUCUCCAACCUUGCUCGUGGCAGGAAAACAAGAAGGCCGACCAAUAACGGCGACGACGGGUCAAGGCCAACCAGAAAGUCGCCUACUACACGUCAUGUGCAGAAUCACAGGCCAGCAGUACCUGGUGGACACUGGUGCAGAGGUCAGCAUCAUUCCGGCACAAAAAUCCGACCGAACGACACCCCCGACCUCCUACCUUCA